CUCUCACACACACACACACACACGCACACAAAGGAAUGGAACAAGACGAGCAGCUGCAGCUAAUCGAACUGCCUCCGGAAUCGGGCUCGGGCCCAAUCAUGUCGGCGACCGUGGGCCGGGUCAUGACCACUCUACUCAGCACUAAGCCGAAGAAACUCCAGGAAGCCAUUUCGCAGCUCCAUUCCCCUCCCAAAAUUGGCCCCAUCGCUGUUUCUCUGGAACAGUCACUGUGGUUUCUGCACAAGUACGUAUGCGAAGCUGCAGAUAGAGGCGAGGCUCUGGAUCAAGUUCUUGUUCCCAUUCUUCAACAUGCAUUGUCAUUGAGAGAGUCGAAAAAAGUGAACCAGUCACUGGUACUUCUGAACUGGCUGUAUCAAGAUGAGGUUUUGUUCCAAGUCAUAGCGAGAAAUAUGGCAGCUAUUAUUUCGAGAAGGGAUGAUCGUUAUGUGGCUUUGGGGUGGUGUUUUCUUGGACGUAGUCUAAUCGAAUAUGAGAAUGUUGUGGACUUCUCAGUUAAUGCUAAAAAAGAAGUCGAUAACAAUUAUAUGGUCGAUACUUUUGCAGCAAUAAGUGAGAAGCGUGAUGACCUAUUGAAGACAUUCUGUUCUUGUGUCACCCAUCUCGUUACUGUAAUAUGCAAUGGCAGUAAUAUGCAGGACGGAUUUGAGUUGCCAACUCGCCUUGCAGUUGCUGCUUCAGAUUUUGUGUUAUCUCUUACAGUAGCAUUGACUGAAAAGAAUCUUCCAUCCAAUAAGUUAACCAAAAAGAAAAUGUCAUCUUCGGUUAAUGUUAAAAAUCAGACUCUUAAUUUUUUAUCGGGUUCGACUAAUGAUGAGGAUCAGAAUACUUCGAGGAAUGCAUCUGAACUGUCGUCCACCAUGGAAUUGAAAUUGCUUCUUUGGAAUAAAUUCAAUGAUCUUAUAACUCUUGUGAAGAAGCUUACAGCGUGGAGCAGAAAAAGCCGUUCUUUGCAUGCAAAAGGAUUGGAAAGGGUAUUGAAGUGGCUGCAUGAAAUUAAAAACCUUUAUGGUGGCUUUCAAGAUGAGGCAGAACCGCAAAUGAUGAAGGCUGGUUCUUUGCUUUUGUGUUCUUGUUGGAAACAUUAUGGCAUGCUCAUGCAUAUAGAAGACCACAAGUUUUCUCAGCAACAUAAAGAACUGCUCAACCAGUAUUUGUCCGGUAUUCAGUUUUAUGCUGAUGACCAAGCUGAAGAUCCUAAUAAUGGCCGAAACAGCAAAUCGGAUACAAUCAACUUUUUCCUUAACUGUCUUUUGCUUUUAUUGGGUAGACUAGAUAGUCAUCAAUUCGGGAAUGCAAUAGAAGAGUUUGGAUCUCAAAUUUCUCAAGUUUUCAUGUCUCAGUUACGGUCUGCUGAUGAGGAAGUUAUUGAUGGAGCUAUUAGCAUAUUCAAAUCUGUAGUCUGGAAAACAAAUCAUACUUUAUCCAGAAGAUGUCUUGAUAACGGUAGACAAAUGGAUGCUUUACUUCCAAUGCUGCUUAAUUUUUUGGAGGAACAGGACACUGCAGCAAAAGCUAUUGUAAAGCUGCUGGCAGAAUAUUGUUCAGUAUGUUCGGACUGUAACUGUCUUUAUGAAGUUCUAAAGCGCAUUGGCUCCCCAAAUGUUGCACAAAGGAGAAAUGUUGUUGAUUUUGUAGCAGAUCUUGUCCACAUAUCCUCUGGGGCAAUUGAUGCACUUCCACAAGCGGCAUGGAAAGACAUUGCUAAUCUCUUAUUAGAGUGUCUUGAAGAUGAAGAUCGGAGUGUACAAAACCAGGCAGCCGAUUUGAUUCCCAAGAUUGAUCCAAUGUUGGUUUUGCCGACGCUCGUUGAACUAAUUCAUUCAAGUGAGGAAAGCAUACAAUUAUUGGCAAGCAAUGCUCUCAUGGCAUUGCUUGUCAAUCAUAAACAGAACCCAGAAGUCGUGUGUUUUCUGCUUGACUGUCUCAGCAAAAUCUCUCAGGACCCAGUGUCCGGUGCUUCUACUGGUCAAAAACAAGGAUCAGCUGUAGAUGCUGAGAAGCUGUUGAAGUUGCUUUCUGAAUGGGCAAAGCAUGUUGAAGAUUGGCAUAAUAUAGCUGGCCCCUUGAUAGACAAGAUGUUAGCUGAGCCAUCAAAUGCUGUCAUCGUCAGAUUCCUCAGUCAUAUAAGUGAAUACUUGGCUGAUGCUGUGGAUGUAGUUUUUAAUCGACUGAUGGUUGAUGUGAGAGAGCAGAAAGAAAAUGGUGAUUGGUUUACAGAAGGGAAAGUAAUGACUGACUCUGAUAAUGAGGCAAUGCAACGUGAGCAGUGUCUCUUUACUCGGCUUUGCCCGUUGCUUGUUAUCAGACUGCUUCCAUUAAGAGUCUUCGAUGACCUCACUUCUCCUAUUGUGUAUGGUGAAUUUUUGAGGAAUUCAGAUAUCCAUGACAGGCAUAUUACCUUUGAGGCCACCGAGUGCAUCGCUGCCUUGAUGAUUAACAGGGCUUUGAGUAAGACCGAAUUUGAAGAUGUCAGGAAGCUUGCGGCUGAGCUAUGUGGGAGAAUUCACCCUAAGGUUCUUGUUCCAAUUUUGGCUUCUCAGUUGGAAUCCUCUGCUGCCACGAAGGAUGUUUUGAGGAUCAAAGUUUGCCUUUUUUCCUUCUGUACAUCUCUAAUGGUUAGAGGGAACGCUGUUUAUAAGCAUCCUGAUUUGCUCAGCAUAAAGAAAACGAUAAGGAAAGUUUUAUCAUGGAUGUCAGUUGAUGGAGAUGAAAUUUCUAAAGCACAGCACGGAUGCAUCGACUGUCUGGCUUUGAUGUUGUGCACAGAAGUACAAGCUCCCGAGUAUUCAACAGGCACAGCCAUUCCCAAAGGUUCUGUACUUGGGUAUGUGAUGGAUCAGUUAACGAGUGAUAAAGAUGAUAUUUUCGUUAAAUCCGAUGGAGACAAUAGUACGCCUGAGUCAAAUUCGUGCCUCCCAUUUCGACUCUGCAUGGCUAAUGUACUCAUAAGCGCCUGCAAGAAGAUUCCGGAUAAUGGAAAGAAACCCUUCACCAAAAAAACUCUUCCACGUGUUAUCCGUGCUGUUGGGGAGAUGGUGGAGCCGGAGAUUAGGGCAGCUUGCAUGCAGGUUCUUUUCACGGUGGCAUACCAUUUAAAGUCUUUCAUAUAUCCGUAUUCGAAUGAUCUUCUUAGAGUCGUUCUCAAAUCUCUUAAGGAAGGAUCUCCAAAGGAGAAAAUGUCAGCAGCAAGAUUGCUGACAUGUCUUAUGGCUAGUGAAGAAGAGGUGGUUGAGAGCAUAGCCAAAGGACUAUUAGAAGCAAAAUUGUUGCUUCACGAGCUAUCGGCUAAGGAUCCUUCACCAGAUGUUCGGCAUAUGUGCAAGCAAUUACUUACGUGCUUCACUUCUCAUUAACUCAAACUUUUUACAUGUGAUGAUUACUGAACUGAGCCUAAGAAAGAAGAGGGUUUAGACAAGUUCUAUGCAUAGUUGAAGAAUAUAGGAAUUUUGCUUUGGUUCGAAUCCAGUUCAAAGAUAAGCUAAUAAUUUAGAAAACUAUAUGAAUAUAUUUUUCGAGCUGAGUCGAGCUCAAAUCGUUGUAAAAGAUUGAAUUUGGCUUGUUUAUCAAACGAGCUGCUCGAUUUGCCAACUGCCAAGCAAUUUCCCGCCUUCAAUGUCAAAGGCAUCCAAUAUGUUUGGCGCUACAAUUAUGAGAACCCCAAUUGCAAUACAAUUUUCGCCCUCUACAGUCAUA